CUCAAACGGCCACAGCCUCGGUCAACUGCUGGUGGGAGUGGUACGAGGAGUUUGUCGGGCUCAACGAGGUCCGGGAGGCUCAGACCAACGUCACUGAGGCUGAGGCAGCGUUCAUGGUGGCCAGAGGGAUGGUGCGUGAGGCCCAUGCCAGCCUGGAGGCCCUGCAGGUCCGGCUGAAGGAGGUCUGGGACCGGCUGGACCAAGUGUCCAGGGAGGAGGCUCAUUACCUGGAGCUGGCCACGCUGGAGCACAAACUGCUGCAGGAGGAGCGGCGUCACCGGACAACCUACGAGAAUGCUGAGGAAUCGGAGAGGGAGAAGUUCAAUUUGUUUUCAGCAGCCGUCAGAGGGAGCCACGAAAAGGAGAGGACAAGAGCCGAACGGACCAAGAACUGGUCCAUCAUUGGCUCGGUGCUGGGAACCCUGAUCGGGGUCAUGGGAUCCACAUAUGUCAACCGUGUCCGCCUGCAGGAGCUGAAGACUCUGCUGCUGGAGGCCCAGAAGGGUCCAGAGAGUCUGCAAGAAGCUCUCCAAGUCCAGGCAGGAAACCAUCGCUCCCAGCGGGACGAGCUCGGAGCUCUCAUUGACAGCCUCAAGGUCACUUUGAACGACGCCUUCACCACGAGGAGCGCAGUCCUCAAAGUCCAGAGAGCUCCAGCACCAGAGCCACCCAGUGUGCCUGUCUCAGCCUUAAAAGACCUCACCAUCUUUAGCCAAAGGACACAGUCUCUGCUCGAGUCCCUCCAACCUCAACUGGGACAACUGGAGCAAGGACUUGGUAGAGUUGAGAGCAAACUGUCGGUGGUGAAAGGGCUGCUGGACGCCAGACCACAGGCCGAACCCCGGGCUCCUGAGCCGCGGGUAGAGAGACCAGAGAGAGAACAGAGAGUGGACCUGUGGGAAUCUGAGGUGGCAGCCAGGCGUCUUGAGGAGACCCAGAGGACGCUGGGAGAGGGGAUAAGGACAAACACUAUUUAUAAUGCUGUGUUUACUUACACCGCCACCGCCAUCACCAUCUCUGCCGUCUACCUGAUGCUCAGGGGAGCUGGUUAGACGUGAGGCCGCCACACUGAGUAUGUCCACGUGCACUGACACGUUAUCAGACACUGGGGAAAUAAAAUCUGAAUUAUAUCAUAAUAUAACGUUGGUGUGGUUGGAAGCAUAGACAGUAAAUAAAGAUGGAUGACACGUCUCCACUUCCUGUUAUUUUACAAAUAUUAAGCCUCCGAUGUUGGAAGCUGUCAUGUCGUCCAUCUUUAUACACAGUCUGUGUUUGUGAUUAAUGUCUAAUGAACGAGUUCCAGCUAUUUUGGGCUGAUGUCUACUGAGCCACUAAAGCUGCUUUCAGAUACUUUGUGAUCUCAAGAUAAAAUGUAAACAGAAUUUAACAUGAUCACUCUGCAAUAUAAGUUUUCAUCAUCUCUUUUUCCAUCACUGUACAAUAAAUGUUUAAUUCUCUUCAACUCAUGAUAUAAAGCAAAGCAAAUCCUCCCAGUUGUGAAGCUGGAAACAGGAUGUCUUUGAUUUUCUAAAGGUAUUUCAUUAUUUUCUCAUCUAUCAGACCAAUUAGUUCAGGCCUCAGUGGUUUUCCGAACCCCUCCCAGCUGAGAGUGAUGGACCAUGUUUCUGUCUAUACAUGUUAUGAUAACUCAGUGCUCAUAUGUAAGGAGAACACACGCAGUGGCGGUUCACUGAUUCUCUUCAGAUUAAUGAAGAUAUAAUGAGAAUUAAAGAUAUAAGUGAGUUUUUUAAUAAUCAGGGUAAGAAAAUACUUGUGAAAUGACACAGAUGAAGAAAAAUAUCCUUUAAUUCAAAUAAUUAAGGUAACCAGUAAUCAUUGUAAUCAUAUUUAGUUAAAUACAUCAGUACAAUUUUAACUAUGUGAGAAAAUGUCUGAAAACAUGAAUGAGGUUACCUCCAAGCUGCUUUGUGUCGUCAUGUUUGCAUUAGUUUGUCAUGUUGUUGACUGUGUGCACUAAGCUGAUGAUGAUGAUGAUGAUGAUGAAGAUGAUCACUGCAGGUCUGUCUCCCUGAUUUACUGAUGUUUCCAGAUUUGUAUUUUUAUUGCAUAAUCUCAAUCGAUACCAACUCCCUAAACAUGUCUGAAUACUUCCAUGUCA